UACCUGUCAGUCAGUGAGUGCAGCUCGUCGUGAGAGGCCACAGUCACGGUUUUGGCGGUGUGUCGAAGGGCGUGCUUGUCCUCAUAACGCAACACAAGCAUAACUACACGAUGAAAGAUGCUAAAGUUGUGUGCUCGCAAGUUCUGGUAGAGAAAGUCAGGGUGGGACAACUGGACAAGUACCAAAUGAGAGAUGAGACAGGCCGUGGGGGAGACAAGACACACCAGCGACCACUACCACCAGAUGGAAAAGAAAACGAAUCAGGAGGAGGAGGAAGAGUAGCAUCAGCAGAAAAAGGAACAGAAGAGGGAGCAGGAGGAAGGGUAAGAGGAGGAACGGGAAGAAGAGGUGUAGAGAGAGAAUGGAAGCCUCAACACGAGGCUGUUGCAGACCUCGUCGCUGGAGAUCAACAAAAUACCACACACCAGAGGUACUGGUGUGAAGGCGGCGUGACCAGAGUGAUAGUUACAUCAGUGGAGGCAUGUUGUGAAUGGUGGGGCGGACAGGUGGGUCAACACACCACUUCAGCCAUCCUUAUCGCCCUCUGCCUCGUGGGUCUCGCCUCCCUCGGCCUCCUCAACCUCACCCUUGAGAUGCGUCCCUACCGACUCUGGAUACCUCAGGACAGCUACUUCACACAGGUUAAUGACUGGAGAAUGAAGAACUUCCCGAGCAACUAUCGCUCCCAGGUGUUGUUGUGGGAAGCCAAUGAGAACCUCCUGACUGGACGGACUGUGAGAAGCAUGUGGCGUCUUCACCAGCAGAUUGUCAAUCUCACACUGAACGUAGGAGAUUCUGUUGUCACUUGGGAUCACGUCUGCACUCGUGUUCCCUCCCUCAUUACUGACACCAGCCAUCAUCGCACCAUUCGGGAUGCCCCUUUUGAACCCCUUCCUGCUGAGAACCAUAAAGGGAAAGAAGAUUAUGAGGCUCAAAAGGGUAGCAUCCUUGCAUCCAUAAGGGAUGCCAAACAAGUCUUUGGGAACAUCAGCCAGGCUCCAAGAAAUGCCAACCAGACCACAAGGGACACUGGUCAAAGAACAAGGGGUACAAGCCAUGACACAAGGAAGAUUAACCCAACCUCAGUAGACACCAGCCAAACCCCAGAGGCAACCAGUCCAACCACAUGGAACUCCAGUAAAGCAUCAGAAGAUACAAAUCAGGCAAUCAUGAACUUCAGCAAAUCCCAACAGGACUCCAACCCAGCUCCAAGGUACAACCUCCAAACCCUAAAGGACACCAGCCCAGCUCCAGGGGAUAACCCCACCAACCCAACCCAAUGGAACUCCAGUUCAGCCCCAGAGAACAGUAACCAAACCACAGAGACCACCACCCAAGUCCUAGGGAACACCAGCCCAGCCCGAGAAGACUCUAGUCAAGUAACAGGAGACACCAGUCAUGCUCCAGGGGAUGCCAGCCAUACUCCAGAGGACACCAACCAGGUCCAAGGGAAGGGCAGCAAUGAAUGGCCCCUGAAGCAGGCUAGUCAGAAGGAGAGAGAACUCAUGAGCAGAGUGCCAAGAGAGGUAUGGGAGACAGCAAAAACUGAUUACAGCCAUAUGUUACCAAGAGACAUGUACUGCAGUAUGCUGAACAGCCUACCCAGCCUGUGUUAUGAGAGAGGUGUGCUGGAGGUGUGGGGCUACCACCAGCACCUACUCAUGAACCUUACCAAUGAAGAGGUGCUGCAUGAUGUUAAUGAGAUGACAACGAGUCAUGUCUUCGGGUACCCACUACAGGUAACAGACUUCCUUGGUGGGGUAGAGAGGGAUGAUUCUGGCCAUAUAGUAGCAGCCAGGUCGGCCCUCCACACUUGGGUCACCAUGGUCAAUACUAACAGCACCUCCAGCGAAGUGGACCUGGGUACUGGCCAAUUAGUGGACCAGGAGAGCAUGGCCUGGGAGGUGGCACUCCUACACCAAGCACAACAAGCACAUAUACCCAGCGAUGUCACUCUUUAUGUCCACGCUGCCCACAGCUUCGGGAAGACGUUCUCCCAGGUCGUCCAGAUUCCACUGUCAUCCACUAAAUUCCUCACAGAUUUCCGACUCUACCAGUGAUGUAUCGUCUUUGAAACAAGAUUACAUAAUUGAAUACAGGACCAAGGCAAGGGCUUUAAUGCAAGAAGCUCAAGCCUUGAAUUAGUAUUACUUUCCAUCAUUAGUAUUGCUUACUUUACUUAUUAAGAUGGCUAAUUUCCUCAUCAAACCAUAACAAAUCUCUUAGAUUUUAAUGAUGAUGAUGACCAAAGCACACAUCAGAAAGUGAAGAAACAACAAUGUUUCAGUCUGCCCUGGACCCUUACCAAGCUGUGUUAUCAUUAUAUUAUCAAUCACACAGCUUGAUAAUGGUCCAGGCCGGACUGAAAUGCUGUUGUUUCUUCACUUUCUCAUGUAUGGUUUAGUCAUCGUAUCUUCAGCCACAUUUUUGUGGUUCAUCGUCUGCUCUAGAUUUUAGUUGUUGUGGCAUUUUUUUUAAGGUUUACCAAUAUGGGAGGUACUGAUGAGCCAUUACUGUGAAAUAAAGGGAGCCAUGCCAGUAUACAAGGUCAGUCAGGUUCCUAAAAACACAUUUAAAUUACAAGACAUCCAAUAUCUUUUACCAACUUAUGCUAAUAUUUAUGCAUCAACAUUUGUAAUUUUGUAAUUACUCUACUUUACAGAAGUGAGGGCUGUUGAAACUAGAGCAGUGUACAAAGCUUUCAACAUUAUGCCACAUUUCUAUGAUUUGGCCUCUUACUGAUCAGGGCCAAGGAGCCAAGUAGCCACUGUACUUUAAUCUGAGCCUCUGUAUUUGUUUUAAAUAACAUUAUUAUUAUUAUUAUUAUUAUUAUUAUUAUUAUUAUUAUUAUUAUUAUUAUUAUUAUUAUUAUUAUUAUUAUUACAGCUAUUAUUAUUAUUAUUAUUAUUAUUAUUAUUAUUAUUAUUAUUAUUAUUAUUAUUGAGCAAAUCCGUAAGAACUGUGAUGAGGGUUCGAACCAAUGCCACAACAUGGUCUAGACCAUGUUGUGGCAUAGUUUUCUAGAGCUUGUGCGUGGGAACACCCAGCACAUAGGUUCGAACCCUCAUCACGGCUUCUAUGGAUUUGCUCAUUGAUGCAUCACAAUAGUGUGACUACUCUGUGUAUUAUUAUAUACACAGAAAAAUCACACUAAUGUGACAUACCUGUACGUACAUCAAUACGAACCCGUGACUAAGACAUUGCCAGCCAUAUACUCUACCACUGUACCACCACUGAUUUAGUAAAUGUCUUACAACCAGGUUUCUACUGAAAUCACAGGAAGUCUGGAGGCCCAUUCUGAAGCCUGUCCAAGUUUUACAUAAUACCCCCAAGCACUCGGGUGAAGAGUAACGAACCUGUGAUCAAGGCAUUGCCAGCUGCAUACUCUAACACUUACCCUUCACCCGAGUGCUUGUUGGGCUUAUGUAUAACGUAACAGAAAUCACAGACCUCCUGUGAUUUCACUAGAAAUCCGGUUGCAAGACUUUGAACAUGUUUGUGAUGGUACAGUGGUAGAGUAUGUGGCUGGUAAUACCUUGGUUGCAGGUUCAUGUCUCCUCACAUCUUCCCAUUAUUUUUUCUUCUCAUUAUUAGUGUAUUUUAUCAUUACAGGUAUUAUUAUUAUUGUUAUUAUUAUUAUUAUUAUUAUUAUUAUAUACAUUGGCAUUUUGUGCUUCAGUGUAUGUAAAUAGUACCAUGUGAUAUCAAGCAUAUAGCAUUAAAAUCACAGGACGAAUGCACAAUAUUUAUUAUGAUGUAGAGAAGUAAAAGGAUGAGUAGACUUUAUUUGUAGAUUGUACAAAUAUAAAUUGUAACAAAGUC